AUGGAACAGGUUGCUGCCUCGGUCCAAAUGGCAGAGCCUGUCUUGUUGGUUGGAGAAACUGGUAUCGGAAAGACGACCGUCAUUCAACAUCUCGCCACAUUGAUGCGCCAGAAGCUCACUGUUGUCAACUUGUCGCAACAAAGUGAAAGCACUGACCUGUUGGGAGGGUUCAAGCCCGUCAGCAUCCGCACUAUGGCUGUACCGAUGUUGGAUGAAUUUACCCAGCUUUUCGAAUUGACUUUCUCCGCCAAAAAGAACCAGAAGUUCCUCUCUUCAGUGACUAAAAGCGUUGCUUCAGGUAACUGGGUUCGCCUAGUGACUCUCUGGCACGAAGCUCCAGCAAAGAAGAGGAAGCUUGACUCCCCCAAGUAUCAACACUUGCGUCAGCGAUGGGACAGUUUUGAAACCCAGCUUUCCGAUUUCGAAGCUCAAGUUUCCCAGGGUGACGCGAAAUUUGCUUUUGCUUUCGUGCAAGGUAAAAUCGUCAGAGCCUUAAGAAAUGGUGAAUGGGUUCUUUUGGACGAGGUCAAUCUCGCAUCUCCAGACACUCUUGAGAAUAUUGCCAGUCUGUUGCAUCAUGGAAGCGAAGGCUCACCUUCUGUCCUGCUUUCCGAGGCCGGUGAUGUGGAAAGGGUAUUUGGCCAUCCCGACUUCCGCAUUUUCGGAGCCAUGAAUCCCGCAACAGAUGCUGGAAAGCGAGAUCUGCCACCAGGAUUGCGAUCAAGAUUCACCGAAUUUUAUGUGCAUUCCCCGGACAGCGACUUGAAUGAUCUCCUCGCAUUGAUUCAGAAGUAUCUGGGUGACCUGACAAUGGGCGAUCAGAGAGUCGUCCCUGAUCUUGCUCAGCUCUAUAUGGCGACGAAGAAGCUUAGCAACGAGAACAAACUGACUGAUGGAGCUGGCCAGCGACCCCAUUUCAGCAUCCGAACGCUAGUCCGCGCCCUUGUCUAUGUCCUUGACCAUGCUCACGUUUAUGGCCUUCGAAGAGCGAUUUUCGAAGGUUUCAGCAUGAGUUUCCUGACUGUACUGAGCCUGAACUCCGAGAGAUCUUUGGCUCCACUCCUCGAAAAGCACAUCUUUGAGAAUGCAAAGAAUGCAAAGUCACUCCUUGGAAGAACACCUCGUGCGCCUGAAGAUGGCCACACCUACGUUCAAUUUAAGCAUUAUUGGAUGCGCCAGGGUCCUCUCAUGCCAGAGGAACAGCCCCAGUAUAUCAUCACUCCCUUCAUUGAGAAGAAUCUGAAGAACCUAGUCAGAGCUAGCUCAACUCGACGUUUCCCAGUUCUUCUGCAAGGUCCAACAUCAGCCGGAAAGACGAGUAUGAUUGAGUACCUCGCCAAGGUAUCCGGAAAUAAGUUUGUUCGUAUCAACAACCACGAGCACACUGAUCUCCAGGAGUAUUUGGGAUCAUAUAUUUCUUCUGACGACGGAAGUCUGCGCUAUCAGGAAGGUGUCCUAGUAGAGGCCCUUCGAAAUGGCUACUGGAUUGUUCUUGACGAGCUCAACUUGGCGCCUUCUGAUGUACUUGAAGCAUUGAAUCGACUACUGGACGACAACCGUGAGCUUUUUAUUCCCGAAACCCAGGAAGUGGUUCACCCUCACCCCAACUUCAUGCUUUUUGCCACUCAAAAUCCCGCUGGUCUAUAUGGCGGCCGCAAAGUCCUCUCCCGCGCCUUCCGAAAUCGUUUCCUCGAACUCCAUUUCGACGACAUCCCAGAGAGCGAGCUCGAGUUUAUUCUCAAAGAGCGAUCUCAAAUUGCCCCGUCCUUCUGUACAAAAAUUGUCUCUGUGUAUCGGAAACUGUCGCUCCUUCGCCAAUCAAACCGUCUUUUCGAACAGAAAAACAGUUUCGCUACGCUUCGUGACUUGUUUCGAUGGGCUCUUCGCGAUGCCGAUGAUCGUGAACAGCUAGCUGUUAAUGGAUUCAUGCUCCUCGGUGAACGCGUCCGAAACCCCCAAGAGAAGGCCGCUGUCAAGAAGGUUAUCGAGGAAGUCAUGAAGGUUCGUCUGGACGAGGAUGUUCUAUACGGCGACAAAGAACUCGAGAAGAGUGUUCCUCAAAUGGCUGGACUUCCUUCCGGAAUUGUGUGGACUCAGGCCAUGAGACGCCUUUUCGUUUUGGUCUCCAAAGCUCUCAAGAACAACGAACCUGUCCUUUUGGUUGGAGAGACUGGAUGUGGUAAAACACAACUUUGUCAAGCAGUUGCAGAGGCUUUCAAGAGAGAACUGUUCAUCGUCAAUGCUCAUGUCAACCUCGAGACUGGCGAUCUUAUUGGUGCUCAAAGGCCAAUCCGAAACCGUGCUGCAAUUGAGAAGCAACUCACCGAUGAUCUUGACCUCUUCGUCCAUGGCGAGGUAUCUGGAAAUUUCCCUCUCGAACAAUUGAAGCAAGAUCUGUCAGCCCUUGAUGCGCAGCAAAAACAAGAAAAAGAUCAAGAUCUUUUGCGCAAGAUCGAAAGAAAUAUAAUUCGGUCCAAUGCACUGUUUGAAUGGUCCGAUGGAAGCUUGAUCACUGCCAUGAAAACCGGGCAAUUUUUCUUGCUUGACGAGAUUUCCCUUGCCGAUGAUUCCGUCCUCGAAAGACUGAACAGUGCCCUUGAACCAGCCAGAUCGAUUCUUUUGGCCGAAAAGGGUCCAGUCGACUCAAUGGUUGUGGCCGACAGAGGAUUUCAGUUUCUUUCAACCAUGAACCCUGGUGGUGACUAUGGCAAACGAGAGCUUUCGGCGGCUCUCCGAAACCGUAUGACUGAGAUCUGGGCACCUCAAUUAUCUGACGAUGAAGAUAUACUUCCCAUCCUUUAUAUGAGACUGGAUCUCAAGGAUGAGAAGGUGGCCAGGGCCAUGCUGCAAUUUGCCAAAUGGUUCAAGACAACUUUCCAAAACACAUCGACUACCUCUCUUUCUCUGCGUGACCUUCUUGCCUGGGUUGACUUUGUAAACACCUGCCAAAACGCAGAUACCCUGUUUGCUAUUAUUCAGGGCGCUGCCAUGGUAUUUGUUGAUACUCUUGGAGCCAACCCGGCUGCAAUGCUUGCUGUAUCUCUCAACAACCUCGAGGGAAACCGCCAGAAGUGCCUCGACAAACUGAGCGAACUGUUCAACGCAGAUGCCUCCGCAAUCUAUCGGCAAUCCUCGACAGUCACCCUCGAGCCUGGAUAUCUACAGGUUGGCCCGUUCUCACUUCCAACUGUUGGUGAGACCGACCCCGACCCUCAAUUUACCAUGGAUGCCCCCACCACAAUUGCGAACUCAGUCAGAAUCGCUCGUGGUCUGCAGUCAUCAAAGCCAAUCUUGCUGGAAGGCAGCCCGGGUGUUGGUAAAACUACUCUCGUGACGGCUCUUGCAAAGGCUCUUGGGAAGCCUCUCACUCGAAUCAAUUUGUCGGAGCAGACAGAUCUUACGGACUUGUUUGGAUCUGAUGUACCAGUUGAGGGGGGAGAUGUUGGCCAGUUUACCUGGCGUGACGCUCCAUUCUUGCGAGCAAUGCAGCGUGGUGAUUGGGUACUGCUGGAUGAGAUGAAUUUGGCCUCGCAAUCGGUUCUCGAGGGUCUGAACUCCUGUCUGGAUCACCGGCAGCAGGUCUACAUUGCCGAACUUGACCAAACCUUCAAACGGCAUCCAAACUUCGUUCUUUUCGCAGCGCAGAACCCACACCACCAGGGUGGCGGCAGAAAGGGUCUUCCCGCAUCCUUUGUCAAUCGUUUCACCGUCGUCUAUGCAGACAGCUUCACAGAUGAUGAUUUAAAGAAGAUCUGCUCGAAGCUCUUCCCUGGAAGCCCCUCUCAUCAGACAGAGCGACUGGUUGAAUUCAUUUCUGCAUUAAACAGAGCCAUUGUGACUGAACGUCGACUGGGUGCUGUUGGUGGUCCAUGGGAGGUCAAUUUGCGAGAUAUCCAACGAUGGCUGCAGCUGGCAGAUCGUGGAGAUUUGCAGAUUCCUACCAAACACUUCCUUGACGUUGUCAUCAACCAUCGGUUCAGGAGCGAAGAUGACCGAAUGCUGGUAUCUCAGCUCUAUGAUCGUAUCUUCACCGACUCGGAAGUCGUUCCCAAGAGCUACUAUCACAAUCUGACUCCCGACUCCUUGCAAGUCGGCCUAGGAAUCUUGUCUCGUGACCCAGUUCUCCAGCGAUCGGUUGAACCGCAAAUGAAAAUUCUGCCCAAGGAUCUCCAUAUCCUCGAGUCUCUUGUCCUUUGCAUUGACAACUCGUGGCCAAGUAUCCUUGUCGGCCCCGCCGGGUGUGGUAAAACUACCCUUGUCAAGAAGCUUGCUGCUAUCAAGGGCGCAAACCUAGAGGAGCUUGCUCUCAGUGCUGACACUGAUACCAUGGACUUGAUUGGUGGAUUUGAGCAGAUUGAUCACCGUAGAGAAGUUUCCUCUUUCGUGCACGACAUUGAGGUAUUCUUACGACACCAGAUCAUCUAUUCUUUCGCCUCGGGAGAUGUUACGGAGGCCGUUGCUUCAGCCCUUCAGAUCUGCCAACACUUCCAAACUUCCGAAACCUCACUGGAGACUGUGAUCACUUCAUUGUCAGCACUCUGCCAGUCACACCCUGUUCCAGAACUUCAAAGCUUCCUUGAAAGAGCCCAGAGCUUGUGGGAUCUCAUUCGCCACUCAGACAAGAUGAAGGUUGGGUUCGAAUGGACCGAGGGUGUUCUCACUCGGGCUGUUCAGAAUGGAGACUGGGUUAUUCUUGACAAUGCCAAUUUGUGCAACCCGUCUGUCUUGGACAGAUUGAACUCCUUGACAGAGCCCAAUGGUACACUCAUUCUAAACGAACAGCGGACCGAGGAUGGCUCAGCCCGGAUCAUCACCCCUCAUCCCAACUUCCGACUCUUCCUCAACAUGGAUCCUCGAAACGGUGAAUUGUCGCGUGCUAUGCGAAACAGAUGUGUUGAGAUCUGCUUCAUGUCAAAUGAAGUCCAAGACACACCCACUCCGACAGGCCCAUCAUACACCUGCGAGUCUUCUCUCUACCGCCUCCGUCAUAUCUGGAACCUGAACUCUGCCCCGGGAUCUGCCAAAGCCCAAGAUCUCUUCGAAGUCUGCCUAGACCAUCUGUCUUCGACAGAUCUUUCCUACCUCCAAAAGGCACCAGGCACAUACCUGCCAUUUAGCACAAAGGAAGGUGAUGCCGACCACCAUUUCUCCGCCUCGCUGCAACGUCAUGCUUCUGCGCUGCAUGACAAUUCCCAAUGGAAACCUCUCAAUGCCACGGCUGGUGAGAUUACAAUCGGCGGGGCGCCUUUGAGCCUUCAAGGACCAUUGCAGCCUAUCCACCCUCUCAUUAACGAGCCCCUUGUCUCUAUCUCAAAUAGGAAUGACUGCAGGUCUAGUAUGACUGUUCUGGCCUACCUUGAGGAAUUCAGACUUGAGGUUUACAGACUUCGCCAAGGCUUGGUCCGUGCCAAUGAAUCCAGCCAGCAGCUCAAACCAAGUCAAAUGACACGCCUAGAGCGAUCAUUGGCGUCGACUCGAAUUCAAUCCCUGAUGAAGGAUUCGACACAGCCAGUCGGAAAUUUCCUCUCUGACUGUGGGCAAGCAUUGUACGAAUUUAUCCAAAACUUGGAUGAGAACAGUCUACAGUCUCCAGAGAUUGUUGCUGCGCUCCGGACAAUUACAAGUCUUUGCUGGGAUAUUUACCGCGUGACAGAUGUGGACCGUGUUGACGAGGGCGAAUUCCAAGUUUACCUGCAAAUUGGUAGACGGGUUUGUACAUCAUUGCUCAAUUCGUCCCCAUUGCUGAAACCACUGGAAGAAUCGUUGUCCCGCGCACUUGUUCGUUUCCGUGCCGAAUGGGAGUUGACAACCGGUUUGAGUAUGCAGCGAAUGUGGGAUUCAUGGAGACACGUCACCCCUGCUUCCCAUGAGCAGCUUCAAUCAUUGAUUGAGUUGGAGAAUACUGUCUCCGAUUUCACUUCUCUUGCUUUGCAAACACGCGUCGAGUUGUCGCAGCUGAAUAAGAUCUGGGAUUCGUUGUCGACUGCCCAGCGUUUUAUUCUGGACGGCGCGGACGGAGAUGCUCUUGUCCAGGGUAUCAAAGAAACAGUCGCAGAGCUCAGCCACGCAGUUCGACGUUCCGAAUCUGCACAAUACCCAUACUUUGCGCAGGACUUUGAGGCUCUUUGCCAAUAUCACGAUCUUUCGCUCGAUGGUUCGGAUCAAGGCAAGUUCCAAACGGUUGUGCCUCUACUGGCUGGUCGUCUGGCGCGUUCCCUGGACUCGUCAGCUUCAAAUAGCCGAGUCCCUGAGAUUCUGAACAGAGUGACCCUGUUUUCCGGCGCCGGUGAAAGCUCUCCGCUUGCAAUUGGAGGCGUCCUAUCUCUCUCCUUGUUGGAUCGACUUACAUCUGUUCGCAACACAACCCUGGGCCAGAUGGACAUGUUGCAAGCCGAGAAGCAAGCUCUCACCAAAUCUCUCUCGCAGAGCACUCAGAAUAUCUCAGUGGACCAGUCAAGCAACCUCAGACGUACUAUUGCAGCUCUUACUGUGGACCUCCUGUUGUCCCACCAGGAGCUUCUCGAACCCAAUAGUGCCGAAGAAGUGAUUGCCGUGCUUCGAGCCAUCGAGGGAGGCAAACCAGUCAAGAUCGAAUCCUCCAUGCCUAUCGCUCUGGAGAGAACUGUUGAAAAUAACCACUUCUUCAGAGAGUUUGCCCAAACUGCUCUCCCAAGUCUCAUCCACUCCCUGACUACCACUCCCUCGAGUCGCGAGGAGAGUAUUCACUACGCUGGUCUUGCUGCCGUUCAGCUAUCUGUUAUGCUGCUCCGACUAUUUGUCCCAGACAAGGCAUUUGACCCCUCGCUUGGUCUUGUUGUGCAAAGAAAGCGCCAUUACCAGCGUCUUGAUGAAAUCAGUGCCAAGUCUAAUGCGCUCCUCUCUUUUGAGACCAUAUUUUCUGGCCAGGCUUCCAACCUGAGAUCUUCUUUGCUACAGACAGAGAUCCAGCAACUGGGCUCCGCUCCGCCUCCCUCAUCCGUCACUCGCCCGGACAAGUCGGAGUUAAGCCUCUUGCAUGGAGAAUUCGCCAACUUGAUCAACUCCGUUCUGAACAGGAACCCCGAGGAAAUGAUUGCCAGUCUUGAAAAUGCCUCAAGAUCUAAAGAGACCAUCCAGCUCCUACGCGACAAUAUCCAGCAGCUGAGCAGCCGACUUCGGGUGCACUACAGAUCCUACGAUGAUAUGACGGUUCCUAUCGUUCGUUUCCUCCGACUUCUCGAUGUUGGUCUUUUCCUGGGCUCUAGCCAAACCGACCAGUCUAGCGAAAACAACGAUAUCCAGACAUUGAGCGGUAAAACUCCCUUUAUGGGUGGAUCUGUGCAUCCUGUUUUCUCGUUGGCCCAUGCUGAGAAGCAGCCAAGUGCUACCAACGCCAUUGAGAUGCGUCUCCACGAGCUUUCUAGUGUUUGGACUGCUAAGGAUGCCGACUCAACCCUUCUUGAGGUCAAGUCUAGCCACGGUGCGAUUCGUCGUAUCUUCGCUGAUUUCCACCAUCUUUGGAAGACUAGACUCAGAGAGGACCAGGAGAAGGAAGCAGAAAGCAAAAACCUCUCUUUCCCUACCUAUGACGAAGGCACCCCGCUUGAUCCCCAAGACGUUGGUCGCAUCGACCCCAGAGCAAUUGCUAUGCGACUUGCUUCUCUUCAUGCCAAUAUUGUGAGCGAUAAGCAGACUGGUGAAGCGCUGUCAUAUCAUGUCAAACAAUCAGCACAUCUGUUAGGUUCGAUAUGGUCUAAGAGCAAGAGUUCAUUCUCCCCUGUAUCGCCUGAACAGCACCUGUCAGCAGUCUUCUUGCUCCUUGAUGAGGAGAUUGGCGAAGACAACCAGGACAGACAGAAGAAUUAUAACUUCUACACUGAUUCCAACUUGGCUGAAGCUAGAAGACUUGUCAACCUCACCCUGGCGGUCCAAGCCCGUUUUGUUCAAAUCCAGACUGCGUGGCCGGAGCAUGCCGUCCUUGCGGAUGUCAUCAAUUGCUGUUCCGAAAUUCUUGAGUUCAAGCAUACCGAGCCUGUCGCGAAGUUCUUGACGAAGGUUGAAAAGCUUCAUUCCUACGUGCAUGAAUGGCAACUGGUUGCCAGUCGGGAAUACUCCGCAGCCACUCAGUAUGAUGAAAUCACCAGCAUGACCGUCGGUUGGCGUCGUCUUGAGCUCACGACGUGGGCGAAGCUCUUGGAUCUUGAGAAGGAUCGAUGUGAGGACGAUGUCAGCUCGUGGUGGUUUGUUGCUUAUGAAGCCCUGUUCGCAGUGCCGCUACAGAUGGCCGAUGAUGGCGAACAUGACAUGAGCGCCCAUAUUCAAGGUGUAAUCUCAACCCUGGAACAGUUCUUCGCUUCCACAACCUUGGGUCAAUUCGGUCGCCGUCUUCAGCUUGUUUCUGAUUUCAACGAGUUGCUUGGUGUUUUUGCCAAUGAUUACACUUGUCUGACACCCCUCGUCUCCGCGUUGAAUAAUUUCAUCGCCCAUUUCCGCCCCUUCCAGCCAUCGGUGGACAAGAUCCUGCAAGAGAAGCGAUCCGCACUUGAGAAGGAUCUCAAGGAGCAAAUCCAACUGGCAAGCUGGAAGGAUACCAAUAUCGUUGCUCUGAAGGAGAGUGCUAGGAGAUCUCACGUCAAGCUCUUCAAACUUGUCCGCAAGUAUCGUGAGGCUCUCAAUCAAUCGGCGCAGCCAGUCCUUGAGCAAGGCCUUCCAGAUGAUAUGGGAGAUUCAUUCGGAUCUCAAUCAGGUGAGAAGACAUUAGCCACUAUUGUCAUCCCUGAAGCAUUGUCCGUCUGCCAGCAGGAGAAUGAGCUAUGGGCAUCCCGAGCUCUCCGAUUCCGCAACCCUGAUGGCACAGCCCGCAACAUGAUCAAUCUCUACACAUCAAUCCCCCGUGAAUUUGACAUCGCAAAGGAUUUGGACGAGUUCACCAUGUCCAUCAUCGAGGGCAUCAAAGAGUUCAAGUCCCAGACCCCCAAAACCUUGACCGAAGACAACAAGGACGACGUCCAGCACCUCAAGGUCCAGAAGCGUCGCCUCUAUGCCGAUACUCUCAAGCAGCUCUUUGAAAUGGGCGUGAAGCGCAAUGCUGGAACAAGCGUGAUUGAAACUCAGACAUCACUUGCUCAGAUCAUCUCCACCUGUGCAGCCUUCGAGUCCGGUACUACAAUCUCGAAAUCUGUCCACAGUGCCGAUUCAUACUUCCAUCGCCUGUUGGAUCUGUUGCCUCGUGCUCGUCUAGCAUCUCGAAACUACUCCGAAGAGCUGAGCAAUGUUGAGGUUUUCAGAAGUAUGGGUUCUAUCGAGCAUCUUUUGUUCGUUAUUCGUCGACAGAGAGGAGCUCUUGCACCUGCUAUGUCAGCCGUUGGGUCUUUCAAGAAGGUUCUCGACAACAUGAAGAGUCUCUGGUCAACUGGUUCAACUUCGCUCGUCAAGUCCAAUGCUACUGCCACGGAAGAAAGAAACACUCUCGCAAGAACUCUGGCAUGGCUUGUUCCGAUCCUCGGUCUGGCAUCAACGAUCAUUGAGAUCCAUUCCAAGUUCUCCGGUAUCCAGGCAGCUACUAUUCUAAGAGAGCUCCAGUCUACAGAGACUCACGUUGAGGACUUGCUGAAGAAUCUCAGAUCUCUCCCGGAACUUCCAUCUGGCGUCGCAUCCUCGACCCGAGAAGAAUUUACCAAGCAGGCCCGUUCCGCUCUCAAUCAACUAUCUGCCAAUCUGAGCAGGUGGUCUCAAGAACGCCCUGACUUGACCUUUGCUCUGAAUCAAAUCUCACCGUGGGCCCUGUCGAACAGCAUUGCCCUCGCGCAGCCAACACAACAAGGCGAUGUUUCCAUCCAAGCCUUCGACAACAGUCUUCUCGCUGCGAUCGACAAAAUGCUUGUUGGCCUUCAGCAACUCAAGGAUGUCCCUACUGCAAUCAAUUUUGCUGGUCUACUCUCGCGAAGUGACGAAUUCUUCUCCCGGGCCACCAAGGCUGUUCACAUCAAUGAGAUUACAUCUUCAUUGGUGGCAGUCCUUGACCAGCUGCAGCAUCUACAAGACAAUUCGGCAAGUGGUCUUCCCAUUGCCGCUGCGCUGGUUGCUAGUGUCCUUCCGAUUGUCAACCAAUACUUCUACAUCUGCCAAGACCUGUCUCAGCGAUUUAUCUCUGCCCACCGUGAGAUUUGCAAAACUUCUUACAUCUUGACCAAGACAUUUACUCAAGUUGCGUCUGAAGGCUUCUGCAGUCCCUCCGAAGCAUCCCAGGAACAAGACAAGGAGGGAAAGCUAGAAAGCGGAACCGGGCUCGGUGAUGGCGAAGGUGCGGAGGAUAUCAGCAAGGAUAUCGGUGAUGAUGAAGAUCUCUCCGAGCUCGCUCAGCAAGGCAAGAAGGAAGAUGCCGAUGAUGAUGAGGAUGACAUGGAUGACUCUGCCGAUGCUGUCAACAUGGACCAGGAGGAAAUGGAAGGCGAGACUGGUGAUCAUAAGGACGAAGAGGAUGAAGAGAAGGACGACAAGGACGAGGAAGGAGAAGAUGAUAUCGACGAGGAAGUUGGUGAUGUUGAUGAUCUUGAUUCCGGUGCUGUCGAUGAGAAGCUUUGGGACGGCGAGAAUGAUGAGAAACAGAAAGAGACGGAGAAUGAAGAAGGAAAGGGUCAGGCCGAGGCUGAUCAACAAACUGCUGCCCAAGACGAUAAGAAGGGCGAGGAGGGCCAGAAGGGUGAGGAAGGAGAGGAGGAAGAGGAGGAGGACGAAGAAGAGGAAACCCCAGAUGACGAAGGAGAAGCGGUCGGCCGUGAAGACAUGGAUGUCACCGACCCGCAGACCAAAGAAGAAGAAACUCUGGAGCUUCCCGAGGAGAUGCAACUGGAUGGUGAUGACAUGGAUGGCGGUGAUGACGGGGAAGACGAUGAUGGUAUGGAUGAUAUGUCAGACAUGGGUCCUCUCCCCGAAGAAGAACAAAAGGCCGAUGGAAAGGAUGAUGAGCCUGGAGAGGGAGAGGAAGACGAAGACAUGGAGCAAUUCCCUGGCGAGGAGGAAGAAAUAGAAGGUGAAGGCGAAGGCGAGGAAGAAACCAACGAAGGGGAAGGGAAUGAAGAAGAGGAGAAUGAAGCUGGCGGAGAGGAUCCCGAGGAGCCAGACCAAGAUGAAUUCCUUGCUCAACGCGACGAGAAUGAAGCUGCUGGCGAUGAGGUUGCUCCCAGUGAAGCUGUCACCGGCGGCCUUGGUGCUGACCAGGAUCAAAAUGAAGACAAGGGCGCUUCUGGUGAUGCGCAGCAAGAAAGUGGUUCGAACGACCCCAACGCUAGUGCUGAGCAGAAAACUGGGGCUGCUAAAGACAGCGAGGAGACCAAGCCGAGUCACGAUACUGGUGGAGGCGAGGACUCGGAGCCAAAUGAUCCUCAAAUCCAAGCCUUCAAGAAGCUUGGAGAUAUGCUCGAGGAAUGGCAUCGUCGUCAGAAGGAAGUCAAGAAUCCCUCGCAAGAGGAGGAGGACUCGCAGGCUCUGCCAGAAGACACCGACAUGGCGGAUGCCGAUUUCGAACACCUCAAGGAUGACGAUGAUCAGGCCGAUACGCAAGCCCUCGGACAAGCCAAUGAGGAGCAGGCCAAGGCUCUCGACCAAAACAAGGGCGUCGAGUCUGACAACAAGCCAACAGACAAUGAUAUCCUGCCCGACGUCUCUGAGGAGCUGCAAGACGCCUUAGACAACCAACUAGAGGAUGAGAUGCAACUUGAUCGCGAAAUACUCCCAACUGACGGUCAAUCCGCUGGGGCAUUCAUUCCUGGUGAUCACACAUCUAGAGAUAAGGCAGAUGGUCAUGCCGGUGCUCAAGAGCUGACCGAGGAACUGGAUGAAGUCGACACGCAACUUGCGGCAAUCCACCUCUCCUCCUCGCUCCCACCAUUGACCCCCGAAGCCGACGCCCGCCGUCUCUGGUCUCAAUACGAGAACGCAACAAACGAUCUCUCCCUCUCCCUCACCGAGCAGCUCCGCCUCAUUCUCGCCCCGACCAUGGCCACGAAGCUCCGUGGUGAUUUCCGUACUGGUAAAAGGCUUAACAUAAAGCGCAUCAUCCCCUACAUCGCAUCACAGUACAAGCGUGACAAGAUCUGGAUGCGCCGUUCCAUCCCAUCCAAGCGCAAUUACCAGAUCAUGCUGGCCGUCGACGACAGCAAGUCCAUGCUCGAAAGCGGAAGUGGCCAGCUCGCCUUCGAAACCCUCGCUCUCGUCGCGAAGAGUCUCAGCAUGCUCGAGGCCGGUGAUUUGUGCGUCCUGGGCUUCGGUAGUGAAGAUCAUGUGCGUGUUGCACACGAAUUCGGCAAGCCCUUCUCCUCCGAAGCUGGUUCCCAGGUCUUCCAGCACUUCAGCUAUCAACAGACUGGUACCAAUGUGCGCAAACUGAUUGCGGAUUCCAUCGCCCUUUUCCGCGAGGCGAAGUGGAAGCGCUCAGCUGGUUCUGGCUCUGCUGAUCUUUGGCAGCUUGAGCUGAUUAUUUCCGAUGGUAUCUGUGAGGACCACGAUACUAUUCGUCGUCUGGUUCGCCAGGCUCUUGAGGAACGCAUUAUGAUUGUGUUCAUCAUUGUUGAUGCUGUUAAGGGUAGCUCCAUUCUGGAUCUCUCGCAGGCUACCUUUGAGCCCGAUACGGGUGGUGAAAUGAAACUCCAGAUGAAGAGAUAUCUGGAGGACUUCCCCUUCCCCUACUAUUUGGUGGUUCGAGAUGUUAGAGAGCUGCCUUCUGUUUUGGCAACUGCAUUGAAGCAGUGGUUUGCCGAAGUUGUUGAUGUUUCGUCCUGA